AUGACCGGUUUUGUGAAAAUUGCCAUAGACGAUUACUAUUCGGACAGCAAUUGGACGACAAUCAUUAAUAAAUAUUGGAUGCUGGCAGAACGAGUGUCAGAUCCUCGUGUUCAAGGAUGGUUUCUGUUCGACACUCCGCUGCCGACGGUGGCGAUGGUGUGCGUGUACCUGGCAUUUGUGAUGGUGGCUGGUCCACUAUGGAUGGCUAAUCGAAAACCCUUCCAAAUACAGAACACGUUAGUUGCAUACAACGCUCUACAAGUUCUGCUGUCCUCCUAUAUGUUUUACGAGCACCUGAUGUCAGGCUGGUGGGGAGACUACAGUCUGUCAUGUCAGCCGGUGGACUACAGCGACAGUGAGAAAGCGAGACGGAUGUUACAUCUCUGCUGGGUGUACUACUUCUCGAAGCUGUCGGAGUUUGCAGAUACGGUGUUCUUCGUGCUCCGUAAGAAGAAGAGUCAGAUCACGUGGCUGCAUCUCUACCACCACUCGCUGACCCCCUUCGAAGCGUGGCUGCUUGUCAAGUUCAUUGCUGGUGGUCAUGGAACAUUCUCGAACAUCGUGAACAACCUGGUGCACGUGAUCAUGUACAGCUACUACAUGUUGGCCGCGAUGGGACCUCAGUACCAGAAAUACCUGUGGUGGAAGAAGCACCUCACUACCCUGCAACUAGUCCAAUUCUUCAUGGUGCUCUUCCAUUCAAUCAGCGCUUUGGUUUACGACUGUGGUUAUCCUAAAUUCAUCGCCGGAGGUUUAAUCUUACACUCGACCAUCUUCAUAGUUCUUUUCAUGAACUUCUACAUGCAAGCAUACAAGAAAGAAAAACCGAGACAGAAACCUACCGCUGUAGCCAUCAACAAUAAUAACAACGACGAGACUCUCCUACCAAAUGGUAUGAUCAAAACUGAGACCAAUGGACAUCUCAAAAAUGGUCUCAAUGGACAUAUUCAAAACGGAGGUCUCAAUGGACACAUCAGAAAUGGUGACCUACACACGACAUUAAGAAAUGGGGAUCUGAACGGACACCUCAAAAAUGAACUUAAUGGACACAUCAAAAACGGUGACUUAAAUGGACACCUUAAAAACGGAGACCUGAAUGGUUUUCUAAAUCAUGAAGCCAAUGGACGAGUGAAACUAAAUGGUCAUUUGCAAAAUGGUUACACGAACGGUCACGUGAUACACGAUGUUACAGAUAAGGAAAAAGUGCAAUAG